AGUAGGCGAUUUGUUCACAAAAGGUAUAGGCGGGAAUAAUAUUUCGCAAUUUUCUCCCAAAGUCAGUUCAGUUGAUGAAUAAUUGUUCGUGAAAGGCGUGUAAUAAGAAACUUCGAAUGGAUUCACCUAAUAUGACUUUGCUGCAUUCAGCUGGUCCCAUUCAUCCUCCAAAUAUCACCCACCCAAGAAGAGGAAAAGGUAACCGACAUGGUCCUCUACAUGGAAAUCUACAAAGUGAGCGAUUGUCACUGGGAGAAGAAGCAAAACUGCUUUAUUCUCAGGAAAUGGCAGCCAUGCCUAGCAAGACUCCAGUGUCGGUUCUCCAAGAGCUUCUAAGUCGGAGAGGUAUCACUCCCAAAUAUGAACUGGUUCAGAUAGAGGGGGCUAUACAUGAACCCAUAUUCCGCUACAGGGUAUUUUUGAGCAAUGAGCUUGUUGCAACGGGCACUGGUCGUUCCAAGAAGGAUGCUAAACAUGCAGCUGCUAAAAAUUUGCUUGACUUGCUUGUUGGGAACAUGACUCCAGAACAGGCUAAUCAAACUAACGGCACUCCUGGUGCUGCUGAUAUCACCAGUCAAGUAGUGUCGCCUUAUGAUGACAAAGUUAUGGGAAAUCCAAUUGGUUGGCUGCAGGAGAUGUGCAUGAGUCGUCGUUGGCCACCACCAUCUUAUGAAAUGGAACAUGAAGAAGGUCUGCCACAUGAGCGUCAGUUCACAAUUUCUUGCCAGGUAUUGAAGUUCAGAGAAGUUGGAACUGGCAAAUCUAAGAAACUUGCCAAGCGAACUGCUGCCCACAAGAUGUGGCAGGCACUUCAAGAUCUACCUAUGGAAGGUAACAACUUACAAAUUGGAUAUGGCAGUGAAGAGGAUUUGACCAACGUUCAGGCACGAUAUGAGGGACUGAAAGACACUAAAAUCACAAAAUUGGGCAACCAGCACUCACAUAAAGUGUCACAGUUUCAUAAGACUCUCAAAAAUUCACUUGGGAAGAAGCUUGCAGACUUACAGGUAAAGAUAUUUUUGAACAUUUAUAAUACAUUCUUAUUCAUUUAUAAAGUUUAG